CCACCAUUCUCCUUCGACCUGCAACACCAAAUCAAAUAAUAAAAAGAACACCGACGAACAUCCGUCACCGAUAAAAGGGCAGGUCUCUCUCCUUUUACGGUGAGUUUGUUUCUAGUAACUCUCUUUCUUUACACGCCAUGGACAUGAAGAAGGUUUCCUGCGCCAUCAUUGUUGCCGCCGCCUCCAUGAGCGCCGUUAUGGCCGCCGGCGUUGCCUCAUCUCCCGCCCCUUCUGCCGGUGGAUUUGAUGCUAGCGCUGCUUCCGCCUCGGUCUCGGCACCUGCCCCGGGCCCUGCUGCUAGCGCCGCUGCCGCCACUUUGCCCGUGCUUGGAUCCCUCGUUGGAGCUUCGAUUGUUUCUUUGUUUUCUUACGUUCUGCAGUAAGCUGAUGGAUGCAUGAGAGCGGAUGUUGAAGAAGGAGAAAAUGGAGCUUUAAUUUAUAAUUUCAACUAUUAUAUAUAUA